UCUCUUUUGACAUAUUAGAGCCACUAUAUCCAUCUCUCUAUGGCAUCAUAUUCAUUCAAGCUCACAGUAAUAUUCAUUCUAGCCACAGUCACGUGCUCAUCAUCAGCCGCCAAGGAAACAACCAUGUCUCUCUAUUUCCAAGACUAUUCCGGCGGCCCUAACGCCACCGUCAUGCAGGUCAACAGCGGCGGCCUCUCCGGCGACGACGGGGCCCUCAAAUUCUUCGAAUUCGGGUCCCUCUUCGUCACGGACGACCCGAUAACGGAGGAAUUCGACAGCGGCUCCGCCGUGGUCGCCAGGGGCCAAGGCCUGUACGUGACUUCGGCACUGGACGGAAAAAUAGCGCACGUGGUAAUUUCAGUUGUCUUUACCGGCGGCGAGUUCUCCGGCAGCACUUUGCAGAUACAAGGCGCUAGUCCUCAGUUGGAGAAGGUGAGGGAGGUGGCGGUCGUCGGCGGCACCGGGAUUUUCCGGUUCGCCCGGGGAUACGCCACAUUCGAGACGGUCCACUUCAACUUGGAAAAUCACCACGUUGUUAUUCAGUUUAACGCCACUGUUCAACACUAUUAGACCAUAUUUCAAUGUUUUAUUAGUUGAAUUUAUAUAGUUACUAUUAAAACUUUGAUUAUUGUAAUAUGUAAUGGACCAACUUCUGAUAGAUGUUAUUCAAUAAUGGAGAAAACUUAUGUAACUCUUCUAAUUCUUCUAUUGUAUUACUCC